ACUUCUGACAAUCGGGCAUCAGUUUGUGGCAAGCGCCGCUGCACGAACAUUUGCAAAGCAAAGCAUACAAAUACAAUAAUAUUUUAUAGCAAUUUACCGCCAUGAGCCACCUUCGAAAGCCAAAGGCGAAGCCAAUGCCUUUCAAGGCGCUCGAAGGGAAGAAGCCUGAUAUAUACGAGAACAAUGGAGGCACUGUUCUUGCCAUUGCCGGCAAGGACUUUGUGGUCAUUGGCGGGGACACUCGUCUGAGCAGCGGCUACACAGUUCUCUCGCGGACACAGUCAAAGUUGUGUCCUCUGUCGGAGCAGAUGGUGGUGGCGACCGCAGGGUGCUGGUGCGACGCCGUCUCGCUGACCAAUCUGUUGAAGGUGAAGAAGCAGGGCUACGAGAGCGAACACAUUAAGAUCAUGAGCAUCGAGUCCAUGGCCCAGAUGCUCUCCGUCAUCCAGUACCAGCGACGCCAUCUACCCUACAAUGUGUCCCCCAUUUUGGGUGGCAUCGACCAGGACGGCCAAGGGGCCGUCUUCGCCUACGACUGCAUCGGCCAUUUCCAGCGCGAAGUCUAUCGUGCUGAGGGGACAGCCGGCGACAUGCUGCAGUCGGUGCUGGACAGUCAGAUUGGCUCCCCAAAGGCGGAUGCGGAUCUCCUAAACAAGGAGCGUGCCAUGGCCAUCGCCAAAGAUGCCUUCAUCACGGCCGCCCGGCGCGACAUAUACACCGGCGACUCUGUGAUUAUCAACAUAAUUACCAAGGAUGGCAUGGAGGUGGAGGUGAUGGAGCUGAGCAACGAUUAGCUCCAAUGUAGUGCACUAUUUUGUGGGUCGGGGGCACACAAAUAUCCCAUUUAACGGAAAGGCAGCGAUAUGCAACAAAAUAAUUAAAUGGAAUGGGAGGUUCA